GAUUGGCCAGUGUUAAGUAAUUUCCUGCGCUACGAUUGGCCAGUAGUUCACGCGCACCACCAGUCUCGACUUCGGGCCAAUCGUAACGUGGGAGGCGGGGUUUGGUAAAUAUGGGUGUGAAAGAAAAACGCUGCUAGUUCUGGGUGAAACCUGACCAGCCAACUUUAAACUUACAAACGAGCUUAUUAUUUCUUAUACAUUUAAAUCGGUACACUAGUCUGUUUCAUAGUGACAGUUAAUUUAUUGUAUUAACCAUAUUACAACUACAAAGUCCUGUUAGCUAAGUGGAGAAAGAUGAUUCUUUGUAAAAAGAUUAAUUAAUUAGCAUUUAGCAGCUAGCUAACAGCCGGGAGUGGGAGACCUGCAGGCUUCACUGGUGAGACGACGGCAGCAGAAUGACUGAGUAUAAGCUGGUGGUGGUGGGAGCAGGUGGUGUAGGGAAGAGUGCGCUUACCAUCCAGCUCAUCCAGAAUCACUUUGUGGACGAAUAUGACCCCACCAUAGAGGACUCGUACCGGAAGCAGGUGGUGAUCGACGGGGAGACGUGUUUGCUGGACAUCCUGGACACAGCAGGACAGGAGGAGUACAGCGCCAUGAGAGACCAGUACAUGAGGACUGGCGAGGGCUUCCUCUGCGUGUUCGCCAUCAACAACACCAAGUCUUUUGCAGAUGUGCAUUUGUACAGGGAGCAGAUUAAGCGAGUGAAGGACUCUGAUGACGUGCCCAUGGUCCUGGUCGGAAACAAAUGUGAUUUGGCCAGAACCGUCGACACCAAGCAGGCUCAGGAACUAGCCAGGAGCUACGGCAUUGAAUUUGUAGAAACUUCAGCCAAGACCAGACAGGGAGUUGAGGAUGCUUUUUACACCUUGGUCCGGGAGAUCCGUCAUUAUCGCAUGAAGAAACUCAACAGCAGGGAGGACAGGAAACAGGGUUGUCUUGGAGUCUCCUGUGAAGUCAUGUGAUCAGGAAAAGCACCACCUCUCCAGAGAUUCCUUGCAAGUUCAUUGGCCAGCAGCUAUAAACUUUACACCCACUCACUUGUGACUGAAAAGCUUUGUGAAGUGGUCCAAUUUUUUUCAUCACCUUUUAAUCAUGUGGCCUGAAAUCGGCCAUGACAGUGGAGUUUUUCCGCAUUGGGCCCCCUGCUGGCUAAAAGGGAUCAUUUCAACCCUGCUCACUGUGUGGACUGUAUUGGCCUGCUGUGAUGGAAAAGAGGAGAUUGAUAAGCCUCUGCAUAUAUCUCAUCAAUAAGUCAUUAAGCGAUGAAACCUUGCAUCUUUCCCUGUUAAAAUUUGACCUGACUAUAAUUUGUAAGUUCAGUACUCAGGAAUACAGUGAAGGCAAAAGUGCCUCGAAUUUUUUUUUUUUUUUCUGGCCCAUUUGCAUACCCAUUUCACAUUAGAUUUUUAUUAUCUGUAUAUUCCUGCUCCCACUUGUAUUAUUUUCCAUCUUAGCUUGUUGUAGCAUCUGUGGUGUCAAUGGCAUUUUAUUUACGAGGGCAUUUGACGUGUUUUAGCCAUGAGUUUGAGGCAAGAACACUUUGAGAGAGCAGUGAUUGAGCAGUAGAAAGGCAGCAAUUGCUUCCAGAGGGGAAAAAAAAACGUGUGUAUGCUGCUGCAGUGAAAGUCUACACUCUGCAUAAAACACUGGAACACCAACAAAAAAAAAGGUUAACACAUUUUUUUUUUGUUUUUAACUUGCGUGCCUUAUUCUUUCAUAAAGGUCAGUCAGAUUUCAUAUAGACAGGACAUAUGGCUGAUGAUGGCAUCUGUUUCUUUGAAAAUCAUGCCUUUUAAUGCCUUUACUCAUCUGUUGUUCUUUUGCUUGCUAACUUACCUCGAUUAAGUUGCAGAUUGCAUUAAGGUUUGAGAAUGUUGUGGGUUUGGUAUUCAGCAAUGUUUAGAAAGAAGUAUUUGAGGAAGUUAAAGACUUGCGGUUAUGUGCCCUAAUGCGCUCACUGUAUUUCUGUUUGUGUUUAAAUUUGGCCAAAAGUAUGCGCUGCCUUUAGAAGUUUCCCACGGGACAUUUUUCUAGGAAUAUGAUCCUCAUUUGUUUUCAGAUUGUGGUGCCAGUGAUGACUUUGUCUUACUACAAAGACUCAACAGCUUCAUCUGAUCAUUGCCUGGUGCUAAAACAACUGUUUUAUUCCCAAGAAUGUAUUUCAACAUCAGUUUUCUUUCCCAAAACGGAUUUCUUGUUUACUGGAAUUUUUUUCUCAACCUUUGCUGAUGCUUGAUCUUUUAUUCUGUGAUUUUUUCAUCAUGGCUUCAAUCAAGAAAUCUAUAAAUGAACAUUUUAUGCCACAACAAUGACCAUUUGAGUUGUUUAAAAGAUGUUUCAUGUGCCACCGUAUUCUUUUCAUAGUAAAUUAAUUGUAAACAGCGAUCAGCGUUAAUCAAAUUUGUCCUCAUUUUUUGUCCCAUUUUGUGUGUGUGAUUCCUCCAAUGCCCUCUUUAUAUAAUGCCAGUCUCUCCCCUUCUCCCGUGUCUUGGCGUGCUUGCCAGUCAAGCCUUAGCUGUCAGAACGAGACCAAAAUAGAGCUUUGAACCUCCUGCACUCCUAUCCAGUGUGGGUACAUGGCUCUGGUUUCACGCGCCAGCCGAUGUUCUUAUUGCAGCUGAACACGGGUGUGCCGCACACUUCCCCGCUGCCGGCGCACGGUGUGUGUGUGUGUGUGUGCGUGUGUGUGUGAGCAGCUCUGUCUUUCUACAGGGAGAAGGUGCUAGUGUUAGCGACACACUGCCAACAUGCCUAAGGUUCAAUUGCCAGGUGAG